AAAAUUCAUAAGAAGUAAAUACGAACACCAUUCAAAUUUUCUUUAUAUCCAUUUCACACUAUUUGUUCCAUCCAUUUUACGUUAAACCACAUUGAUUCCGACCUUAUUCCACUUGGUUUGUUGUACUUUGCGUUGUGCUGUCCAUAUUCAAGACCUUUCAUAUUACCAUCAACCCAUGUAUCCAAUACAUAUGAAUUUAACAAUGAUGAAGAAAACUAACAUUAUUUUGAGUCUAAAAACACUUUUGGGAGUAUUUUCUUGUUUUCAUUUAAAUUUUCAAAUUUUGUGUAUCUUCUUAUCUUCAGAGCUCUGACGACUCAAUAAUUAUUUUUCCCAUUCUCUUCACUAUCUCUCUCCCUAGAAAAUUGCCAGAAGAAGAAGGUUCUCCAAUUCAAAAAAAUAGAAACUCGCUACCAUUCAUUUCAAAAAAUUUCUUGUUAAGUUACGUUUUUUUCUUUUUUUUUGCUUCUUUCGUUCUUAUUGUCUUAGAAGACAAAAGAGACUAGAGAGGAUAGAAAAAUGGAAGCUUCAAGCACAAGAAGCGAGAAGAAGAAGAAGAAGAAGACGAUACAGAGAGAAAACACCGAUACUCAAAAGAAAAAAAAGCUACCCAGUGUUUGGUUUUCACUUAAGAAAUCUCUCCCCUGCAAAUCUGAUGUCUCCGAUGUCCACAUUCCGAGAUCCAAAAAAGAGCUAGCUCCCAUAUCCACUAAGAGAACAACAACCUCCUCCGGCGGCGGGGUCGGCGGCAGGUCCGGUUGUUCAAGAUCCAUAGCCAAUCUUAAAGACGUAAUCCAUGGAAACCAACGGCAUUUAGAGAAGCCGCUUUGCUCUAGCCCUCGUUCUAUAGGAAGCAGCGAGUUUCUCAAUCCCAUUACUCACGAUGUAAUCUUUAGCAACUCCACCUGCGAGCUCAAGAUCACCGCCGCCGGAGCAACAGAAUUCGUCGGGAAUCUUAGACCAGGGACGCCGGUCAAUUACUCUUCUUCACGCCGUAGCCAAACUUCGAGAAAGGCUUCUUCUUUAGAUAGAGAAGGAUUAGGGUUUCACCAGAGCAGAAGAGAGAAUGAUAGAGAAGCCGCCAUUAACGGAGACAAUUCCUCUGUUUCUUGCCAUAAAUGCGGCGAGAAAUUUAGCAAACUCGAAGCUGCAGAAGCUCAUCAUCUAACCAAACACGCCGUGACUGAGCUAAUGGAAGGAGACUCGUCGAGGAGAAUAGUGGAGAUAAUCUGCAGAACAAGCUGGUUAAAGACAGAGAAUCAAGGAGGGAGAAUCGAUCGGAUUUUGAAAGUACACAACAUGCAAAAAACCUUAGCGAGAUUCGAAGAAUACAGAGAUACAGUGAAGAUCAGAGCAAGCAAGUUACAAAAGAAACAUCCGAGAUGUAUCGCCGACGGAAACGAGCUUCUCAGGUUUCACGGCACCACUGUGGCUUGCGCUUUGGGGAUAAACGGGUCGACGAGUCUGUGUUCGUCGGAAAAGUGUUGCGUUUGUCGGAUUAUACGAAAUGGGUUCUCGGCGAAACGGGAGAUGAAUAACGGAAUUGGGGUUUUUACUGCGUCGACGAGUGAGAGGGCGUUUGAGUCUAUUGUGAUUGGAGAUGGUGGUGGUGGUGAUCGGAAGGCGUUGAUUGUGUGUCGAGUGAUUGCCGGGAGGGUUCAUCGGCCGGUGGAGAAUGUAGAGGAGAUGGGUGGGUUGUUGAGUGGGUUUGAUUCAUUGGCUGGUAAAGUUGGGUUGUACACAAAUGUUGAGGAGCUCUAUUUGCUCAAUUCUCGAGCUUUGCUUCCUUGUUUUGUGCUAAUCUGCAAACCUUAAAUCAAACUUUUGAGGUUGAUAAGUUGUGUCAAUUAGAGAGUUUCGAAAACGCAAAUUUGGUAUAUUGAUCUCAGUCGUAAAAAUCUUAGCUUUCAGAAAUAAAUGUGUUGUAGCAAAGUUUCUAACAAAUGAUUUAAAAGCUUUUUGCUAUCAUUUCAUUUACAGUCUCUUGAUGAACAGCUUUUUAAAUAACGAAACUAUAUUUUUGGCUUGCAUCAUUGUUCAGGUUUUCUUGUGACUUGAGUUUAAGUUUCUAUUUGCAUACAUAAAAAGAUAAAAUUUGAAUAACUUUUGGUUUGGUAAAUUGGCAUUUCUUUUUGAAGCCACUUGAUGUGUGAAAGUCUCUAGAUAUUGAGAAAAGCAUUUAUUUACUUCUUUUUUUGGUAUGAAAUUAUGAAUGUUAAGUACUAGCAUUUAUUUACCUUUAACCUCAAACUCAAAAAGUAAAGCUUUUAUUCAUAUUGUUUUGAGACAGAUCUCUAAAAGACGGAAUGUUUUUGUUCAUGGUGUAAUAAUUGAUAAUUUUGGUUCAUGUGAAGUAGGGAAUGGUGUUGUUGCACGAAAUAAAGGAAUGGAGGUUGAAGAGCGUCAGAUACAGAGGCUUUGUUUCACGGGUGGAGAAUAUUGGUAAAUGCCAAAUUCCAUACAAUAACUGGCAAGCAAAUAAGUCUCAAAGUAGAGAAAAAUUAAUGAUCAGGUUUUUAAUUCCCUUGUUUUUUGUCAAAAGUUUUUAUGCCCUUUUUUGCUCUAUCACCUUCAUCGUGUAAGAAACUUU